AGGAGAUGAAGCGGGGCAGGGAAUUCCGUAUCAUCUUCGACUGCAGCCACCUCAUGGCGGCUCAGAUCCUCAAGCAGGCCAUGGCAAUGGGAAUGAUGACGGAAUACUACCACUUCAUCUUCACCACUCUGGAUCUUUAUGCAUUAGACCUAGAACCAUACCGCUACUCCGGAGUGAACCUGACCGGCUUCCGGAUCCUCAACGUGGAGAACCCACACGUGUCCUCCAUCAUCGAGAAGUGGUGCAGGCGGCGCCCAAGGCGGAGCUGGGGCUGCUCAGUGGCGUGAUGAUGACAGACGCUGCCCUGCUGUAUGACGCCGUGCACGUGGUCUCCGUCUGCUACCAGCGUGCCCCGCAGAUGACCGUCAACUCCCUGCAGUGCCACCGGCACAAAGCCUGGAGGUUCGGCGGCCGCUUCAUGAAUUUUAUAAAAGAGG